GGAGUCCACUGAGCACCACCAUUGGCCACGGACUUUUCUUCAGUCGAGCAGCAUUGGUCGUCUUCGCGUCACUCGCAGCAAUCUUGAUGGCCGUCAUGGCUAUCGCACUGCUGCUUAUGUCCAUGCACCAACCAACCCUCAAAGAUCUGUGCAUCGCGGAAGACUGUCACGUUCAUGCAGCACUACUGGACAACGCCAUAAACCAAAGCAUCGAUGCCUGUGAAGACUUUCGCGCUCACGUUUGUUCCAAAUGGUCCCCACCGGGUGAGAGGAGGCAGCUGCGAGACUUUGACACGUCCGUCUUGGAAGACAUGGUGCUUUCUUGGUUAUUCGGUUUAGAGGAGACCCUCCUGAAAGGCUCGCGAAAGUUCCCAGUAGGCCACAAAGCGUUACUGAUGUUCCAAUCCUGCAUGAGCGGCCCCUCCGAGUACGGCUCAACGCUGGGCCAAUUUCUCAAGUUUAUCGAAGAGCUCGGCUUGUCCUGGCCAGAACGUCCAAAGCAGCAGAUCGAUGCUCUGGAGGUGCUCCUCACGUUGGCUCACGAAUGGCACGUCGAGUUCUGGUUCUCCGUGCAGAUCGUUCUGUAUGGUCAAGGGACAAGGGAAUUCUGGCGACUCUCUUUGGAACCCGCUCCCCAGCUGCCCUUCUACCUCCAGCACCACCGCAGUGUCAUCAACUCUGGGGGAUACUACGAGUACUGGAGCCAGUUCUAUACGGCAUUCACCAAUAGUAACCCCGUCAACAGUGAGCGGCGAGCCACAGAUGCUGCCCGCCUAGAGGGCGACAUACUCGAGGCCCUCAACCAAGCCCUUCACGUGUCGCCCAGAAAAGCGACGGGGUUCUCUCUUGGAGAAAUGGAAGUGUACACGCCGAGCAUAGACUCCGACCGGUGGCUGGAAUGUCUGCAGAAGGUCACCAACAUGGACCCCGCGCUGAAGCAACGGGAUGAUGUUGUCGUCAGCAACGUGAAGUUCCUGCUCACUGUGGGGGAGCUUUUCGGCAACUAUUCGAACGAGCAAAUUCUGGCGUUUCUAGCGUGGCAAUUCGUUGAGCACUACGGUCCGGUUGCCGACAGCCGCCUACUAUGGACGAGGUAUGGAGACCAGACGAUAGCCGAUACACUGAGACCAGCAUUUUGCGGCUUUCACAUCGAAGUGGCCUACAAGGCAGUGUUACUGGCAAUGCAGUUUGCGCUCAAAAUAACGAAGGAAGAUCGGUUGCAAAUAUACCGAGAAUUCGCCGCCUGAGUUCGAAAGCCGUGCACUUGGUGAACUCAUCUGCGUGGCUGGACUCUGAGAGUAAGGAUUCAAUGGCAGCCAAGCUUAGAAGACUUGAGUUGGAGAUCUGGCCUCCGGCGGAGUACUUGACCAACGAAAGUCUCGAAAAGGUAU